AUGUUAUGGCAAAUAGUACUAGCUGGGCUAUUUUGUUUUUUCCUUUGGAAACUAUUUAAAGGAGAUGACAAUGAUUUGGCGAAACUUCCCGGUCCACCAAGCUUACCGAUUGUGGGAAGUGUGUUCACCUUCUUGGGAUUAUCACAUACGCAGAUUUUCGAAAUGCUUGAAGGAUUUCCUAAGAAUUAUGGCCAUCGAGUCUGCGUUAAAGUCAUAGGUCGAUAUAUACUACACGUUUACAAUGUCAAGGAUAUUGAGAUUGUGCUUACACACUCUAAAAAUAUCAAGAAAAACAAGCCGUACAGCUUCAUGAUGCCGUGGCUCGGAUCUGGAUUAUUAGUUAGUACAGGUGCAGUGUGGCAUAGACGUCGAAAAAUUUUAACACCCGCAUUUCAUUUCGACAUUUUAAAGAGUUUCAUGCGGGUAUUUGAGGAGCAAGGGAGGAAUUUGGUGACACAUCUCAAACAAACAGUAAAAGAUGGAAACAACGUAGUCGAUGUGAUGCCGCUAAUAAGUGAUUUUACCUUGUAUAUUAUUUGCGAAACCGCGAUGGGUAUAAAACUCAAUUCAGACAAAUCAACUGCUAAAACAAAGUACAAAAACGCGAUAUUAGAUAUGGGUAAUGUUGUGAUGCGACGGCUUACAACAAUAUAUCUUCAUAACGACUUCAUAUUCAAUUUGCAUCCUUUGGGGAAGAAGUUUAAAGAAUGUUUAAACAGCGUUCACUCAUUUGCCGAUGAUGUUAUAACCGAAAGUAAGAAGGCGUUUGAGAGCAACAAUUCUGAUGAAACUUCUGGAAAACGGAGAUUAGCUUUUUUGGAUUUACUGUUGGAAGCUGAGAGGAAUGGCGAGAUUGAUUUGGAAGGGAUACGCGAUGAAGUAAACACUUUUAUGUUUGAGGGCCAUGAUACUACGGCAACGGCGUUAACAUUUGGCUUGUUGCUGUUAGCUGAUCAUGAAGAUGUUCAGGACCGUAUCUACAAAGAAUGUAAGGAAGUGCUAGGUGAUGCAGACCGAUUUCCGAGUGCUUUCGAUCUCGGUGAGAUGAAAUAUCUGGAUGCUGUGGUCAAAGAAAUACUAAGAAUCUACCCGUCCGUGCCUUUCAUUGGUAGGGAAAUUGUUGAAGAUUUUAUGUUAGAUGACAUCAAAGUGAAGAAAGGCACUGAAGUGGUAGUCCACAUAUACGACGUCCAACGCAGGGAGGAUUUGUUUCCAGAUCCGGAGUGUUUCAAACCGGAAAGGUUCCUCGAAGGAGAGGCGCGACAUCCCUAUUCCUACGUACCUUUCAGUGCCGGACCUAGGAAUUGUAUAGGUCAAAGGUUCGCCAAAUUGGAAAUGAAAUCUAUGUUAACUGAAAUCAUUCUAAAUUUUAAACUCGAGCCCGUUGUAAAAGGGUUUCGGCCUUCACUUAAAGCGGACGUAGUGUUGAGGACUGACGACAAGAUAUAUGUUAAAUUUAUACAGCGA